AUGGCAUACAAGGAAAUGGAGAAGGCCAUCCCCAAACUUCUUGAGAUUAUCGAACAGAAAGAGAUUCGAGUCGUCAGUAACGCAUUCAACUCCACUCCGGAAUUCAUCACAUACUUCCAGACAGCGGCCGUUGGUGCCGUGCCUCUUAUUCUUUUGGAUAUCGCCCAGUCUAUCAAAAGAAUAGGCGCAAGCCUUGAUGCGAUAAAAGACGAGCUCGCGAUUUCAAACAUGGCCAAGGCUCAGGGCUGGGCUGAUAAUGGCUUCGGGAUAUACGUGCACCGCUUUGUUCAAAACGAAAUGGCCCCGGUCGAGGGGCGCACAAUGGGGGAGAGUCAUUUCUUCUAUGUCUGGAAUUCUGAUACCGAUUGGUAUCCUGAUUUUGAAAGAAGACAGAAAGAGAAUCCUCUGGGUCCCAACUUUGGUGGCUAUCAUCAUGAUCUGGCCACGAUUUGUGUCAGAAUGCGAGCGGACAGACAAACACUUCUAGCAACCUCUGAGGGCAACAACAACGCUGUCUUCCAUAUAAUUAUUCCGACUUACUAUCCAAUUGCGAUGGAAACCCCUAUCAUCUUCGCUGCAGAGCUGUUUCCGCUCACUAUUACCGGAAGCCGACAUCGAGGGACGGACCUCGUUUGGUUCAACCUCGCUCGAAUUCAUUGGUGUACUGCCUUUAGUUCAGAGUAG